UUGCUAUUUCUUGUCUUGCAAGCUUAAAGAUACCAUCUGUCUAGCGGGGAACAUAACAAACCAGCAAAAGAAAAGUGGAAGCCCCGAAGGUGACAGGCCAGUUGCAGUCAAAAGGAGAAGAAUCAAGAAGAAUAACCGUGUUGAGUCAGGCUAGACAAAUGCCAUUCACUUUCCUCAACUUGACAUCAUAUGAUGAUCAAUGGCUGAGAAACUCAAGCAUUCAUUAAGCAAUCCCUUGAACCAAAGGAUUGGGUCCAGGUGGUAUAGAAAAUUUUUAACGUCUUUAAAGGGAGAGAGAAAACGCACUUUCUGCACAUCACACCCUACCCUGCUUGACUAUGGUAAGAACCUGGAUGCUGGACAAGAAAUUCCCAGGAAAAAGCAAAGAACACCACCAUUCAUCUAAGCACUCUUUAGUCUUUAAAGGGUGGAAGUUAAAAAAUAUAGGCGCGGUUAGUGGGAUUCACCCAGGACUUUUACGCAACUAAGCAGCAAGGAAGGAGUCUCAGCUUUUAUGAGUAUAUAUAUCCUUGUCGCUCCUCACUUCUUCCGCCAGGGCAACAUUUUCCUAUCAAACUGAAAUCAGUCAUCUCACUUUGUUUCUCUUGUUUUCCAUCUUCUUUCUAGUCUAUCUUCUUGAUCUUUGAUGACAUGAACAAUAUAAAGGGAUAUGGAUUCCGUCCAUCUGAUGAAGAACUCAUCGGAUAUCUACAAGACAUAACAAGCGAUCGUGAUUCUCCCGUCCAAUUUAUCACUCAACUCGAAGACAUCUGUGAGUUUGAACCGUGGGAAUUACCUGGGCUUUCAGCACUACAACAAGGUUGCAGGGUGUGGUAUUUCAUCUACUCACUGAACUACAAGUACGGCAACAGUAAGCUGAUCAAAAGAGCCACCAAGGAAGGAUACUGGAAGCCAACAGGCAGGCGUCGUAAGAUAAUGGCUACCGACACUAAUGCGUUGAUUGGCAGCAAGAGGUCUUUGGUGUUCCAUAAAGGUCAUCCUAAGGGCAAAACCAGGACCAAGCCCGACAACAACAAAAACAAGACCAAGCAUGGAAGCAACAGAAACAAGGCCGUCUGGGUGAUGCAUGAAUAUCAACUCAAUGCUGCUACUCCCCUAAACCAGGAGACAUUUUUUCUUGGUAAAUUAAUGAAACAAUCUGAGGAAGCCAACAUUGCAAACAAUAACGGAGAAUCAAGUCACCAUUCACCUACCAAUUUAAGAAAUCAAGUUGCAAUGAACAAAAUUACAGAGGACCAGUCAGACUCCAGUAAACCAUUAGCGGAGGUGGAAGUAUCUAACGACUCUGGUGGAGUACAAAAUCAAUCUAGCACCAAUGACCAAGAUAAUGAUUUUCAGAUUGAUGAGAUCUACCCCCAAGAAAGAUGCAAUCGACUUACUUUUGUUGAUGACGAUGAAGUCUCCAACUUAAUCUCUAAUUUGAGAAAUUAUGCUGCAGUUGAUGCAAUUUCAAGAGACAUGGUAGACACUAGUGGGUGGCUUAUAACAGAGCAGUACACACCAAAUGAUGGUGCUUUGGUUCAAAAUCAAUUUAGAACCAGUGAACAUGGCAUUUCCUCCCAGAAUUUAAUUGUUGCUGACAACAACAAAACCUACCCUAAAACAACAAGCAAUCAGCAUUACAUAGCUGCUGAGAAUGAGGGCUACAACUUGCCAGCUAAUUUAAAAAACGAUGAGGCACAGGAUUUCUUCCCCAAGGACCAGUUUAACUAUGUUGUUUCCAAAUUCGAUGAGCUAUUACCAAUGAUACAAACACCUAAUAACUGCAAUCCACUUCAAAAUCAAUCUAGCACCAAUGAACAAGAUGCUGAGACCAGGAAUUACCUACUCUGAAGAACGCUUAUUAGCCACAGAGAUUGAGCACACCAACUUGCCCUCCUUGGGCACAAUCAAAUCAUCCUACCCAACGGAGAAACUCAAGCACAGGGGAAAUUCCUUUAAAACUAGAAAACAAACACAAGUUGAUUGAUAGAGGAGUCAUAGGAAAAGAGUGAGUGUUCCAUACAAUAAUGGAUGAGUUUUUCGUAUCUAAUUAAUGCUUUAGAACCUUUAGGUCCGAGUGCAACUUUUACCAUAUAUGGAUUUGGUUCAACUAUAUGCUUGUUUGUAUGUCUGGUUUGUUAAAUGAUUUCUUCUACAAGAUGUAAUAGUUAUGUCAUAUAUAUAUAUCUAGGUCGUUUGAUUGUAAUUCUACUUCUUCCUGUAAUCUCAUGUUACUUUUCAGCUAAACUCUACUGUGAUGCUCUUUCAACCCUGGUCUCAAAACAACUUUCUUCCCUUUUAAAUUUUAGUUGUACAAAAGGAGAACACAGAAUCCAAAGACCACAACCAAAACGCUGCUCCAACGAAA